CCCAGCGUACUCUGCAUCCCUGCUCCCUUUUACCCUUUAAAAUUAACCCCAUCCGACUCCGACAGAAUUAAAAUAAACAAACCGUGUGAUCCGUGUGACGUGAAAAUGGGAUUGUUGCUCUCCGUAAUAAUCUCGUACGCGGGGGUUCGCGAAGCGAUGGAGUGCCUUAACCACAUCAUGAGCGGCCUGGUGCCCGAGACCGAGCCCGACUUCCGCGACCUUGUCGAGUACUACAACAAGCUUCUCCAGCGACAACCUAACCCGUCCGCCGCGCUCUGCAGCGCGCAAUGCGGUCAAGGAUACCUAUGCCUCACCGAGGAUGAAAAUGGACUUCUAAAAUCAGCCGCCGUCAAGUUUUUCGGCGAAGUUCCCGACUCGACAGCCAUAUUGUUCUCGACUAAAAUUUCUAGCUUUGGCCAAGAUUCUGUUGAAGACUCUAAUAACUUCCAAGCUAACGGUGACUACAGGACAGAAAGGUAUACGCCGACGAGGACAAAAACCAUAAUUUCCAACACAUCAGAAUCGUUCAGUGUCGGAGUAAGAGACAAAUCACCUGCUUCUGAAAACAUUUCAGAUCAUCGUUUUUCCGCAAAUUCUUCCGAGCGUGACGAACGCGACGAAGCAAAUUCAGAAUCCACAGAGAAACUGACCUGGCAUUACCGUCCUAAGAGCCCCGUCCAACCAACACUGCCCGAAAUACAAUUCCAGUCAUAUGACGACGAUACCCCAGGAGUGACUAUUUACAGCGAAGAGUUCUUAAGAUCACUUGACGGAAUUAAGUUCCGACCGUUGCAACGAAGCGACCCGAGUGGCAGGCGUCGCAGUUUCAAAAAACGCCAUUCUUCGUCCUCGACCUCGUCGCGAGAAUCGCGGGCGUCGCGCGAGGAGGAACUUAAGAUGUUCACGUCACUCGAGGAAGCUGAGUUCGAUCGUAUGGCAACAGAAAGUGCCGGUUUCGGGAGCACUCCUAAUCUGUCGGCGCGUUCUUAUUCCAGAAGUCGGUCGCGAGAAAACUCGGCCGAAGAGAAACAUGAGUGGAGCGCGGACGCUGCUCCAGCAACAGACAGCGCUCUCAAGCCGCUCAAGGACUUGCCCAAACUCGACUCCUUCGAGGAGGAGAAGGAAGACAAAGAGAAGCUAAUUUUCAGCGGCGAAUACACCAAGGCGAUGAACAAGGACUGGCACAGCGGCCACUUCUGCUGCUGGCAGUGCGACGAGUCGCUGACAGGUCAGCGCUACGUGCUUCGCGAUGAACAUCCUUACUGCAUCAAGUGCUACGAGAGCGUCUUCGCCAAUGGAUGCGAAGAGUGCAAUAAGAUAAUCGGCAUUGACUCGAAGGAUUUGUCGUACAAAGACAAGCACUGGCACGAGGCGUGUUUCCUGUGUGCGAAGUGUCGCGUCUCCCUAGUGGAUAAGCAGUUCGGCUCCAAGCUCGACAAGAUCUACUGUGGCAACUGCUAUGAUGCCCAGUUCGCCAGCCGCUGUGAUGGCUGCGGUGACGUCUUCCGUGCUGGCACGAAAAAGAUGGAAUACAAGACCCGGCAGUGGCACGAGAAGUGUUUCUGCUGCGUAGUGUGCAAGAACCCUAUCGGCACCAAGUCCUUUAUCCCCAGGGAGCAAGAGAUCUACUGCGCUGGCUGCUAUGAAGACAAGUUCGCCACACGCUGCGUCAAAUGCAACAAGAUCAUCACGCAAGGCGGCGUCACGUACAAGAACGAGCCAUGGCACCGCGAAUGCUUCACUUGCACAAACUGCAAUACCUCUCUGGCUGGCCAGCGGUUCACAUCGCGCGACGAGAAACCAUACUGCGCUGAGUGCUUCGGAGAGCUCUUCGCUAAGCGCUGCACUUCUUGCACCAAGCCCAUUACCGGCAUCGGUGGCACCCGCUUCAUCUCGUUCGAGGACCGCCACUGGCACAACGACUGCUUCAUCUGCGCGCAGUGCAAGACCAGCCUGGUCGGCAAGGGCUUCAUCACCGACGGCCAGGACAUCAUCUGCCCCGAGUGCGCCAAGCAGAAACUCAUGUAAAUACACUCACACAACAUCACAGAACCUGUCCUUUGCUUCACAUCUUGGCAUCGUUAACUAAUUUCAAAUUUGCCUUUAACGCUGUCCCUUUUUCGGAAAUAUUUAUGUGUUAAAUAAGUCUGCAAAGAGGGGUAAUUUAGUCUUCAUAUUCGAAAAACAAUCUAGACAAAUAUAAUUUUGACUUAAUUGUCUUCGAAUACGAAGGCCAGCAAGCACGAGUGUCAACUAAUACAGAAUUUUAAGGUAAUCAAUUCGACUGUAACUUUGUUUUUGUGCUUGUACAGCGUUGAUACGGUUCUACCGUUAAUCGUUAAAGCGAGAGACUGGUGCUUCAAUGCGCAGGAUUCACUCGGCGAUCUGCCUGACCUUAAGAACUAAUUACUUCUCAUAGGUCCAACCCUAGUUACUUGUUACUUAAAAGCGUUGUUGAUUAUAUUUUUAUACAAAAAAAAAAACAAAAAUCACAAAAAAAGAAAGUGGAUGCACAAAACAUGUAAAGUAUUUAAACAAUUUCGCUUUUUCUUCUAC